GAAAGUCCGAUAAUGAAACUAUUGGAGGAAAAAUUUAAAGAGAAGUUGUCUAUUAGCGGGUAGACGCGAAUCUUGGGAACAUCUGGAGGAGUCGCGCGUCUGCAAGGAAAACAGAGUGCAGUUCAACCCCCGCCCUUGGAAUCUUUGGUCGGAAAAGUGACUCGACGGAACGAUGAAUCCCCAUCAUUCGCGCAGAUUUCUGUUCAAGAAGAAGCCGGAAGAUCGACCCGCGGAGCAAACCGUUAAGCCAAACGACGCGAAGGAGAGCACGGUUCCUACGGUUCCUACGGUUUCUACCGUUGACACUGGAGUACCGCCGAUCGCCGAUCGCGUCAAUCUGUACGACGGAGGGACACCGUACGUCCCGGUUCCGGUUCACGAUAUAGACAAAUAUUUCACCGAGAGUGGAUGGCGCGAUUGCGUGAGAACCAUACGGACGGUGGGCAUCGUGCGCGCUGUGGGCGAUGAUUCAUUCGAACUGGAAUCCGUGAACGAGAUCGAAGGAGCCAAGAGGAUCCCGUUGUCCAGAGGAACCAACCGAGAACUGAAACGUCAGCGUGCCUCCCCAUUGCUCUUGGCAAAGAGACUCGAAACAAAGGAGAACAAGCAAAGAAACUCGAAGAGAACGGCGGACCGCCCGGACGAUCAGACUUUCAGACCGAGGAAAAUACCGCGUCAACUUGCAUUCCAGAAUCCAACGUUCGCGACUCACGAGAGAGCGAUCGACGGUGUGGCCUACACCGUACUUGGUACGCUGAAGUGGGUGAACGACAAGCCGUUACUCGAUGUGGAUCAGUUCAUCAGAGUCCGAAAUCUUAGCUCCACGUACGAAUUGUUUUUGCUGAACUCCAGGAUCGCGCGUGGUCACGUCGAUUGUUACCAAUCGCAUACCGACGAGAUAAGACAACUGGUUAAAAUGAUUCGUCCCAGGGGAAGAGGUAGGAAGAAGAAGUACUGAUCGGUUCGUCGAGUUGCCCCCGAUUUUUUUCUCACGUUCCUCAUCAUUAUGCCAAACUGUUCGCUACGAAGUGUUUUGUUUUUUUCUAUGAAAUGUUUAUUUUUUUUGUAUAAUAAUAAUAAUAAUAAUAAUAAUAAUAAUAAAGUCGAUCGCUCGGUGUUCGUUGAAAUUCCCGGUCCACGCUUAAGUUCCAAGUUUUCGAAAAGAACGCCAGUUUUCGUGGCGUACGACGUGCUGCUACCUUGCAUCGGUUUCGUGCACGAGGCCACUCACUCCGCUGCAGGUUCCACACGCUCCGGACGUUCGAAGGUAAGGAAUUCUCUAGGGAAGCCCGUGUCGUCCUGCGCGCGCCACCGUCAGCUGUUACGGUCCAACAAAAUCCAUGAGAAUCCUUACGGCGGUAGCUACGUCUGCGCGUUACAAUUUACCGAGGAGCGUCGCACCCCCCCACAAGGUGUAACGUUCCACGAUAUUCUUGACAACAAAACCCGAGCUUCGAAUGCCAAUUUGUUAGAAGUCUCGUGUCAGUCGUCGUACCGUGCGAUUCGCGCAUUUCGUAUUAUUCGAACGUAUCGGUAAUUGUUGAUAUACUCGAAAGUUCGUUAAAACCGUACGUAAGAUCGACGGUGAGAUAAACGAGUGCGUUCCGCGACGAAACGGAACGCCGAGAAGAACUCGUUUUCGAAUAAUCGUUGAACUCGACGCGGUUCAGCGAUAAUGUUUCGCCCGUUAUUUCGCCGUGACAGUUUCUAGAACGCCUCGCUGUGUCCGGUGCGAUUCGUUUUUCCCCAUUCGGAAUCGACCAGAUUCGUCAACGCCAAAGUUACGAACAAAAUUGGCUGGACAGUAAAAAAAAAGGAGGAAUGCCCGACAACGGGGCCGUUUACCAGCCAACGACGGUUGGCUAUUCCUACGA